AUGUUUUGCAAUUCCGAAAAGUGUUGUGCCACUUGCUUCCAAACGUUAAGACAUAGGAGCACAAAGACCGGCAAAAGCUCCUACGCUGCCCUAUUCUCCCAUUGUGCUGGACCGAAAGCAGGUCCUACACUGGAUGCCAUGCUCUUCAUCUAUGGCAACGGAGCUUGUGUGGGAUACAUGGUCUUCAUUGGAGACUUCGUCCCGGCGAUUCUCGCGUUGCUUUUCCCCAGCCAAGAAUGGGCCAAAAUCAGCAACGGUUUUAGCCGAACCUGUUCCAUCAUUAUCGCAGCAGUCUUGUUGGUGCCAAUGAUGCUUCCAAGCGAUCUGUCGAAACUGAAGUUCUUGCAGCCGGUGUCCAUCAUGGCAUUAGUGUACAUGUCCGUCGUGGUGGCCGUCGAGUGUCCCUACAGUUUCACUGAACACCACAACCAGCAUGGCUUUGGUGAAGUUCGGCUCUUUACAUUCUCGUUGCAUUUCUUUGAGGCGGGUAACCGUGAAGGAGCUAAAGCCGGGAAUGGCUUUCUGAUAUGA